UCUGAGGUGAGACGGGGACUCAGUUGGGCUGUCACCUGUGGCGCUGGCAGGUGUUCAAAAAAACCCGCCGCGCGGUGCCGUUACAAAGCGGGCAGACGCAGGUACACUGGCCGGGGGGCGAGGAGAGGUCUGACCGUGGUGAAGACGCCGGAAUCUACGACGCUUUUCUGAAGACAGGUGACCAUGGCGUGGCGGGGGCGGUGUGGACACGCCGGGCUGGUCGUCUCCGUCUUCCUCCUGCUCCAACAGACGGCAGGAACAGCCGCUUCAGGUUGUGGGAGGCAAUACCUGGGGGGAAAUUCUGGGAACUUGAGCAGCCCAAACCAUCCGGACCUGUACCCGAGCAACGUGGACUGCACCUGGACCAUCACAGUCGACAUCGACAAGAGAGUGGUCCUGACCUUCGACAGUUUUGAUGUGGAGUACCAUGAACACUGCAACUACGACUAUGUGGUUCUUGAGGGGAAAGAUGGAGAUGGAGGCAUCACUGAGAACUCAGAUGGUGACGCCUCGGGAACAUAUCCUGGUGUGGCUGUCUGGAAGAGGACUGAUGAUGGAGGCAGAAUCUGCGGUACCAAACCUGACAACUUUACAGUGACGAGGAACUACACUUCUCAAAACAACGUCAUGGCCGUGAUCUUCAGGUCUGACGAGUGGGUCUCCAACACCGGAUUCUACGCCACGUAUGUCGCUGUGGAUAAAGAUCCACCCACAUGCUCUGCAAAUGAGAAGGUCUGUGACGACCUUUUGGGAUGUGUGGCAUUUGCCAAGAUAUGUGACGGCGCCGACGACUGUCAAGAUAAGAGCGAUGAACAACACUGUGCAUGUGCGCAGAUCCCAAACGAGCUCAGCAUGUGCAAGGGUGUGCUUGACUACGCCGCGAUGGCCUACCCUAACCUGUACGGCCAUAAGAACGAGACGGAGCUGCUGAUGUCACCACUCCUGGUCAGGCUGCGGGAUCUACACGCCACUGCCGACCGCUGCCAUGAUGACGUGUUCGCCUUUGCCUGCUCCUUGAUGGCUCCAAAGUGUGCGGAAACUAAAAUCAAACCACCAUGCAGGAUCUGGUGUCCAGACAUCAGGGCCAGCUGCCAGAACGUUAACCUGAAUGGCCAGAACCUGACCGACCUGGUUCCCGACAUCUGUGCGACCCUGCCGUUCUCAGAGGACUGCUUCAUCAACCGGGCGAAGGCGGUAACAAGCCAGCAGGGUUCUGUCGGACAAGACAGCGUGAGCGAUUGUGGAGGAGUCCUGCGUGAAACAGCUGCCACGUUCCAGUCUCCCAACUUCGGCAGGGGAAACUACGACAACAACAGAGACUGUGUCUGGUCCAUCAGGGUCCCCACAAACCUCGUACCGGUCAUCACGUUCCACAGUUUCAAUCUGGAGAGGGGGCCAGCCGACGGGAACUGUCCGUACGACUAUGUCAGGAUCUUUGACGGCGAAUGGCCAGACAGCAAGUUCAGUAGCAUCAAAUUUCAAAAUGGUGAAACCCCAGAGAGGCUGUGUGGACCACUGACCACUGAACGGGUGGUGAGACCUGAAAGCUACAUAGUGUCUGUCAUUUUCUCAAGUGACGGACAAAACGGCAAGGAAGGUUUCAAUGCUUCUUACACAACAAGGGAAAGAGGGGACCUGACCUGUAAAAGAGGUGAAGAGCUGUGUGAUGACUCUGCCCUGUGCACUUCCCUGUCUGUAUUCUGUGACGGGAAGUUUGACUGCUGGGAUAAAAGUGAUGAAGAGAACUGCCAGUGCAACCCUCUGCAAGGUGAGUUGGAGGAGCUGUGUGGAAGGAGAGAAGAUUCCAACUUUGUGUCCUUCCCAAACGUGAUUGGACACAAGACUGCCACUGAGCUGGAGAACUCCCCACUAUACAGCAGUCUGAAGAGCCUGAUGCGUAGCUCCUGCCAUCCGCACAUUGAUGUGUUUGUGUGUGAGAUGAUGUCUCCGUCGUGUGACCGCUCCACCGGCACCAGCAAAGCUCCCUGCAGGUCCUGGUGUGAGGAAAUAAGGUCAGCUUGUGCUGGAGAAGAUGAGUGGCCCUCAGACUUCCCCUCUUGUCAGGUUAUCGAGGGUCAGGAUGUUAGCAACUGUGUACAGGGACCCUCAGCCCGAGACUGUUACCACGGGAAGGGAGCCAACUUCGUGGGCACCACUGCCGUGACAGAGACUGGCCAGAGCUGUACCGACUGGGCAGAUCAUAAGUACGAGGUCAGCAACUUUGAAUGGGCCAACCUGGACAACAACUACUGCCGCAACCCCGGGAAUGUGGCUGAGCGGCCGUGGUGCUACGUGGGCAACCAGUGGGAGUACUGUCGUGUACAGCCAUGCAGUGGGAAGGUUUGCCAAAAUCGAGGACUCCCCAGAAAUGUCCAAGCCACUCCUGUGAAAAACUUCUACUGGCCAGGCGAUAGGGUGACGUAUAGCUGUAACUCCAGUUACAGCCUGAAGGGCCCUGCAAUCAUCACCUGUCUGGACAACUCCACCUGGAGCAGCCAGCUUCCUACUUGCGUUGUGAAUGAGCACAGGCAGUUGUUGGAGGAUCUGUUUGACGUGUACAGUUCAGAGGCGGCCCCCUCGGAUCUGCCAGUGGAUGUCACCGCAGUGUUCUCUGGACAAGUUGUCAACAUAGUGUCACUGGAUGAGACUGGACCGGAAAUACAAACGGAAGUUGUGAUUGAAUUGCGCUGGAUUGACAAAAGGCUAUCUUGGUCACCCGCCUCAUAUGGCAACAUAGAAAUUUUACAGGUGGCCUAUGAGAGGGUCUGGGCUCCUACUGUGUUGCUGCAGAGGAAUGCUGACACUAGCUUCACCAGUUGGCCAGUCGUGGACGUGACCUUGACGUCAGGGGGAGAGGUGAUCUGGCAGGUGCAGACCCUGGUCACCACCACCUGUGACCUUGACCAGUACCUCUUCCCCUAUGACUCCAUGACGUGCCCUGUGUGUUUGAAGACAGACCUUACCAAAGGUGAGAAGCUGAGCUGCCCCAUGGAGGGGAAUGUGACGGCGGAGGGUAACCUGAACUGCAGCAUGUCCUCACAGACGUCCACCGGGGAGUGGUCUGUCACCGUCACAGCGGACAGCGCGAACGACACUGGCUGUCUGCAACUGGUCCUGCAGCGCAACCCGACUUACCACAUGUGCACCACCAUCGCUCCCACCAUCAUCCUAGCCAUCCUCAUGGCCAUCACCUUCCUCAUCCCCAUAGACAAGGGAGAUCGGCUGGGGUACGGGAUGGGAGUCUUGCUGUCCAUGGUGGUAUCCCUCGUUGUCAUCACGAGCUUCCUUCCACGCUCCACUCAUAUUCCCUUUGUUGGGACCUUUGUGGUCGUGUCCAUGUCCUUCAUGGCAUUCUUCAUGCUGGUGACUCUCGCCAUCCUCAUCAUGUCUGGCAAGGAAGGUGACCUCCCGCCUUGGGCCCGUACCAUCUUCCUCAGGUACAUGGCCCAAGCUCUCCUGAUGGGAGAUCUGUCCAAGAAGAACACAAUGAAGGUGGGCGGCAGCAAGAACGUCAACAUCGUCAGCUAUGAGAAUGGCUCUUUCACUGAGUUAUGGCCGAAGGACGAAACUCAGGAGUCAACCGUUGAACAGGCAAAGCCAGCAGACGCCGACCUGAUGGCCAUGAUCAGUGGGAUCAAGAACAGCCUCGACAGCCUGAAUGAGAAUAUAAAAGCCCUGCGACAGGACAAGGAGGAGGAGGAGGAGGUGGGGGACUGGGUGCUGCUGUCCCAAGUGUUGGACCGUCUGAGCCUGAUUGUGUACCUUGUUGCCUCCAUCGCUGCCGUGCCCUUGUCUCUCUACCUGGGGCGACCUUAGUGUCCGUCCCUUUACCUGGGAUGACCUUAGUGCCUGUCCCUCUACCUGGGACACCCUUAGUGCCCCGUCUGUUUACCUAGGGCGCCCUUAGUCCCUGCCUCUCUACAUCGGGCGCCCUUAGUGCCUCUGUCCCUCUACCUUGGGUGCCCUUAGUGACCCUGUCCCUCUGUACCUAGGGCACCCUUGGUGUCCCUGUCUCUCUACCUGGGACACCUUUAGUGCCCCUGUCAAUCUAGUUUUAGUGUGAGCUUAAAAUACUGACCGUGUGCUUGACUGACAGACUCAUGCUAAGACAUAUCAUAUGGUACCUUACACAUCUUUUUUCCUGGUAGCAUCAGGCAGAUUGAAGGAAUAUGACAGAUGUCCCAUGUUCUGCCUAUACUAGAUGUAAUUGCUGUAACAGUUGUAUUCAAAAUUGGACAAGAGUGCUUAACUUGAACCAUUGUAUUCAGGACUUAAUUAUAUAGCAACUUAGCAGCAGAUAACAAGGAUUACGGAUAAUAUUAUAAUGUUUGCUACAGAAUAUUCAAUUUGAACGGUUCCGUGGUAGUGAAGAAUGUUAUUUGAUCAUGAAAGCAGCAAGUAAACAUAGUGGGAUAUGAUGAUUAUGAUGCGAGAACUAAGAGUGGUGCAAUAGCUGAUUGUCAUUUCCAUACAUGUUUUUAAAUGUACUAAUUAGUUUUAGCCUAAGCAUUAGUCAAGACUUUUAAUUCACAAUCAUUGCACAUUUAUUGCUACAUUUGAAACCUACAUGGCACUCAAUAGUCUAGAGCAAACUGCAUGUUAUGUUUGAACUUUGAAGGUGAAUUUCAAGCUUUCUUUCUGAUGAUAACUCAAGUAUCUUGUCUACUACUUUUAUUGUUAACAAUGUCUUGUAUUCUACAAUUAUUAUAGGAAAACACAAAGAAACUAAUCAAACUUUAUGCUCUUAGAUAAAAGUCAUAGUUUGAAUGUUAAUACCUGAUCAUGAUGAUUCUAUUCAUGAAAUAGAGGAAAUCUCACAGAUCCAAUAGCAAGGUUAAUGACUGCUUAUAU